AUGCGAAGGUCAAAUCCCAUAGAAGCCUCGGUGACUAAGCUUCUUGUUGAGACGAAGACGCUUCUGGAGACUUUAACUUCAUGGUCACAAGGGAUGGCUGGCGAAGGCGAUGUCAGUGACGUCUACGUCAGACUAGGAAACGAGUUCAAUAUUGCGUGUGCUGCAUUUACGCGGGCCAACAUCGAGAUGAAUGACCUUCUACGUGUACCACAGGAUCUCCGUAUGGUCCUGGAAACGGCCUUAGCGGAAGAUCCCACACCUGAUACUCUCGAACGGUAUUUGCCAAGAAUAAGGGGUAUCAUUAUUCAGUUGUUGCAGGGAUUGAAGCGAAAGCAA